AUGAACGUCUUCCAUCUGGUGCUGUGCUUUGCUGGGCUCGUUGCUCAUGCAAUGUCGGCCGAGCCGGGGAAAUGCGAGGCGGGCUGGUUCACGCCCGAGCGAGAGGCCGAGAUCACCAAGUGCCUCAUCAGCCAGCUGGCGCGGCACAUCUUUGAGCAAAAGAAACUCAACACUACCCAGGAUGCCGCCCGACUCCUCUCCGCGUCGAGGGCACUGCGCCAGCGCAUGGUCUGCCGCUACCCGGACGUCGUCAAGGCGUGCCCGUGCUCGGCCGAGGUGUUGAAGGAGCUGCGCGAGGAGGGCGUCUGCCGCCACAACUUCACCGGACCCUACUUGCCAUUCGGCAGCGGCAGCGAGAUCAGCCGAUGCGCGCGCGUCAACACGGCCAGUGAUGGACUAUUUACGGUCGGCCGAUGCAUAAAGGAGCAAACCAUCAACGCCAUGAUGCACCAUUCUACCAAGAUCCCGGCCGCCACCCUCCUCAAGUCGUAUGAGACCCGCCCCGAGCUGCGCUUCCAAUGGAUUUGCGACGCGAAGGAGCACGUCGAGGUGAACUGCCCGUGCUCGGCGUCGGUGCUGCAGCAGGUCGACUACGGAUUCUGCCGGUUGACCGCGGGGAACCAGAUGCAACAGCAAAUCGCCCACCGUUGUCUCCUGAAUCCGGUGGUGCUGCAGCGGGCCCGCAGCUGUGAUUGGAUGUAUCCAUCACAUCCAUUCCAAAAGCCACAAGACUACCGAUCACCCUGGGACUGCAGUGACUACAUCAAGUCAAUCGAGUGCAAGCGGCUCGUGUUCGACGCCUGCAUGCCGGGCGCCGGCGACGAGUACGUGCGGUUGUUCCUUGAUGGGACUGAUCUCGAGCGCCCCGCCCACAAAGUGUGGAACAUCUGCGGUGGUCAGCUGAACUUUCCGGCCUCGUUGUUCCACCCGCGCCCAUCUCCUCCUGCCCGCGUCGAUCCAUCCACCGUCUGCGACUUUGACUGCCCCGUCCUCGGCAAGAUCCCACCACUCGACUGCUUGGCCCACAAGACGCUGAAGGGUCAGGCCCAGGCCGGUGUGCUGCACCACGACGAGAUCAUCCACAGCGGGCCCAUCGACUUGAGGGUGAUCGGCGCGACGUCGAUGUGCAACCGCUCGGCCGCCGAAGAGAAGACGCUGCUGACGUGCGGCGCGUGUGCCCAGGACUACUUGGAGAUAUCCGACAAGGCCAUGUGCAACGGGAACGCGAUCAACCCGGAUGUUGCGAAGAUCACGGCCUGCCUGGCCGAAGACCCGCACCGAGCACAGCAGCUACGCGACACCUGCUGGACCGACACCAGCAGCAGCUGCAUGUCCUCGACCCGAUACAUCGCCUGCUUGCGCGACGAACUCGGCAAGAAAUGCCCGGGUACUGCUGGCGCCUGGCAGGCCAUGUGGGAGAAGGUACUCGACGGAAUCGACCACCCGCUGCUCCGCGCUUUCGACGUCAACCUGACGCGCUGCUUGGGGCUGGCCAACGACAAGUCUCAAGUCCAUUCCUCUGAUCUGCCACGUUUUCUGCCUGCCUCUUCCUCCUCCUCCUCGGUCUUCCUCCUCUCCGACGAUGCCGAGCCGCAGAACUACGACGAGCGUGCCCUCUCCCGCAGCAGCUUCGUCAUCCUUGCCGUCUUGAUCGCCUUCCUGUUCGUCUACGCCGUCUCCAUCUUUGUCUGCUUCUGCUUCAUUUGUGGAAUCUACCUCGGCCACGCCGCCCAGCAGCAGCAGGACCUCCGUGACGCCGACGCCGCCGUGGCGCGCCGUCAGGAGAAGUACGUGGAGGCGCUCCGCGAUGAGCUGCACCAGCGUGACGUUGAGCGGGCCCAGACGUCGUCGAGGGCCAGCGCCACGCCGAAUCUACUCCCCGAUGCCGAGAUACAAUUCGGGGCCGUGCCCGACAAUCCCGAAUUCAUGCCUAUACUACAGAUCCUGAGACGCCGAAAUGCUACUAAUGGCGCCAGAGCGAUGCCGUUUGUCUUUAGGAGAUUCUACAAGCUUGACGACUUCCUGCUCGACUCGGAGCUGGCCGAACAAGUUCGAGGCCGCAACAUGACCCAAAAACAGAAGACUGUCCGAAUUUUGAUCAUCGGAGCGGAAGGAGUUGGCAAAUCGGCGCUGAUUUAUCGAUUUAUUACAAAAAGAGCAUUUGAUGGCACACCAGUUUUCGAUGGGCAUACAAAUCUCAGCCUCGAUGGCGAGAUGAUACGGAUAGAGGUUGUCGAAUGGAAAGAGGAUAUGGAUCUCGAGAACGAGCGCACAUUUUUCGACGCGGUUGCCAUCAUAUUCAGCACCACUGAUUUGAGGAGUUUUGACUACGCCUGCGAGGUGCAUCGCUACACCCUGGAGCAGCAGGUCGGCAUCCCGGCGCUGCUCAUCGAGAGCAAGACGGACGACGCGGCAAAUAGCCAGAUAAAUCGCGAAGAGGUGCUCAACGUCGUUAGGCGAUCGCAUACGAAGUUGUACAGAGUAUCCGAGAAGGAGAACUUCAACGUUACAGCCGCUUUCGCGUACUUGGUGGAGCAGGCGUUGCAGAUCAAAGAAAGCGCCAACAACCGGAGUCGCGUCGAAAAGGCCCUAGAUAGUAAUUCGUGCGGCGAGAGUGUACAGGUAGAUGAGGACAGUCGGCCGGGCAGCGCAAAGAUUGACCGCGACCGGAAGAGGUGUAGCAUUAUG